GAGGCAGUGGUGUAACUUUCGACUUUUAACGAAAAAUCGCCAACAAGAGCGCAGCGACAUCGGUCACUGCACUACUCGCGCUAGGCCCUCGCUGCGCAUGCGCGGCGAGUGUCGCGACAGGCCACCGUCGCGUCAGAUAUUGAAGCGAGGAUUGAAGAAUGGGUGCCAAACUUUGCGUUGAGAAUAAGACAAAUAUUUCAGUUGCCGUGCUUCUUGAACAGAUUUCUGUUCGCUACUGGGCACGUGUCCCCCCGCAUAGCAUGGUAUUAUGGCAUCCCGACAAAUUUCACGUCGACCAAGGGAUUUACACGAUCCGGGCCGUCGAUGCAAGCUCCCAGACGUUCGAAUCUCCUGACAUGAGAAGGGAAGCGGCCAAAGCUGUCGGAGGGGGUGUUCUGAUGGGUGUUGGAGGGGCUGUGUUUUUAACGGGAUUGGCACUGAUUGUGGUUCCCGGACUUGGCGUCGUAUUGACCGGGAUCGGCGGUGCUAUGGCCUUUGUUGGGGGUGCUGGAGCGACUGGUGCAGGUGUGGCUAGUGCAAUUAGCGCUAAUGCAGCUGUAAAACGAGGAGUAGGUAUUAGACGAUGCAAGAUUGUAGUCAAUAGUGAGUUUGACGAAGGAGUGAUGAAAUUGAAUCUUGAAAAGGUGAAUUAUGAUGAAGAUGAUGAAAACGAUAGUAGAACUACAAUACUGAUUAAGGAACGUGAUGGAAUUACUCCCACUCAAGAUUGUGCGCAAUGUGUGCGCAAGAGAUAUUUUGAAACUCUGAAUAUACCAGGUACUUAUCUGGAUCGAAGCUAUGACAGAUGUUUUUGUAAGAGUUGUGCUGAGGCAAGAAGAGAUGGGAUGUUUAUUGAGACUGGUGACCCGCCAGAAAGAGUGGCAGUUCCAGAUGGAUGCAUGAUGUUUGGUGUAAAGCUUUCACCACAAGCAACAAAUGAGGAUAUAUUUAACAAAUGGCAUGGGUGCUACCAUGGAACAUCACCAGAAAACAUUAUGAAGAUUCUUAAAAUUGGACGGUUGUUAAAGCCAGGAGAUGUUGAUCCAGAAGGUUCUCAGAGGACUCCAGGACGGGGUCGUUUUACAGAGGCUACUGCUCCACGUGGGCAUGAUGUAAACCAAUACUUCUUCACACCAUCAUUAAAAUACACCAUGUAUGGAAAUCUUUAUGCAGCAGCGAGAAGCUAUGAGGAUCAUGAAACAGGAAAAACAUAUUACGUUCGUACCAUUUUGCAAGUGAGAGUAAAGCCAGAUAGCUACAAAAAAGAUCGGCAAACAAUGGGAGCAAGUGGGGAAAUUGACGAACUAUUCUCCAAUGACGAAAUUGAGUGGUCCACUAAUAGAGAGGGUGUUCAUUAUAUUUUUGGCAUCCUCGUCCACAUGACAACGGAGGAGGAGUAACUCGUAAUGUACUGUAGUUGUUAGCAUGCAUAGUUUUGAUAUUAGCUGAGUUUUAUAAUGCUUCAAAGAAACACUAAUGUAUUAUAGUGGAGUCCAAAUAAUAGUAUAUUCUUAAGAUUAUGAUUUAAUUCAAGUGGAUGAUUGAAAUGAAAGGGGAUGUAGGGAUGUCAAGAAGGCGAACAAGAAGAUGCCUACGCCGACACAGAAAGUCAUUCUGUAAUCCAUCCCGUUUCACUUGCCUGCUUAGGAGUCAGAGUACUUCUCAUAA